AUGCAGAGUCCGGGCGUGAACCAACUUUUCAAGAAGCUUUCGACCCUUCUUGGGCGUGAAAGUGCCAGGCUCGAGUUGAAACGGAUGAGAGAGUCCUUCAAACUUUCGGACUUACCAUCCACAUUCCAGAAUAUAUUGGAAUGGAGGUUGCAAGGAGAGCCGCUCCAAUACAUCUUGGAUAAGCACUGCCCAUUUGGGCCGCUAAGCCCUCCCACCCGGCCAGAAACCGAAGACUGGAACCUUCAUCCCGCUAACGCCAUCUCUCCGAAGGGAAAUCGUCCACUUUCGGUGCUGGAUCCCUGUAAUGGUUCAGGCUGCAUACCCUUACUUUUAUGUCAUCUCUGGCCACCAGGCAGCGUCCGCGCAUUCGGCUUAGCGACAGACAAUGCGCUACGGUGUGGUAUCCUUACUCACCCAGGUGAUGGUAACCUCCGCAAUAUAUUCAUCCCGGUGCUUGGCGAUCUCCAUCACACCGAUAUCCUUAAAGAGUUGGGAGCCCCAUUUGAUAUCGUGACAGCGAAUCCGCCCUAUGCACAGCAACCAGAGUAUCUCCGGCUCCGCCUGUCCGUCAAGGAUUAUGAGGAUUUACGUGCCUCGCUGGACGAUUGGGCUGGAUCGCCAAGUCAGACUCAUGGCUUGUCUUUUUACCAUAUGAUUGCACAAUUUUUGGCACAGAAAGAUGUAUUGCGAGACGGAACCACUGUUGCCAUGGAAGUUAGUGAUGGACAAGCAGGAGAUGUCGAGAAGAUCUUACACUCUGCCUACCUUAGACACACGAAGAUAUGGACGGAUCCACGAGGAAAGCGGGGUAUAGUUUACGGCAGUCAGCCAUACCCGAUUGAACUUGAAUCGGAGGCUGCGGGAAGUGAAUUCGCGGAUGACGAAAAUUGA